UACUACUACUACUACUCCUCCUCCAACUACCACCACUACUCUUGCGAGCUUCAGUCUUCUGCAGGAGGAGGAGGAGGAGGAGGAGGUGGAGAUGGAAGAUGAGGAGGGCGACAGAGCAGGAGGCGGUGCAGCAGGUGAAGUGACGGAGGGCGGUGUUGAGGAGUCAGGCAGCGUGACGGCCAUGGGUGGUCGGUGGGUGCGGGUGGUGGCGGUGCUGCGCGGGGACUGCAGCGCUGUGAACAUGUCCGACACGCGGCGUGUGUUCGCGGAGUUCGUGGCGUCGCUGUCGUCGCUGCUGCUGUACGGGCGUGAGAGCGUGGCGGUGCAGGCCAUGGCGUGUGAGGGGCAGCGGCUGGCCGUCAACCUCACCAUCAACGCCGCCCAACACCCGAGCUGCGAGGCGGACCUGGCCACGCUCGCCGCCCACACCAACCUGCGGCUGGCCCUGCAAGGCGCCUCCUUCUACCUGCAGGCCGUGCACACCGAGCGCUCCCACGUGUUCCACACCAGGCCGGGCCGCAGGCACAACGGCAUGCGCUUCCUCUACAUGGCCCUGGGCGGCGUGGGCGUGUCUGUGGUGUGCGUGGGCUUGGCGGGCUUAGUGUUCGCAGUGUACCACCGCUGCGCCGCCCGCAGGGAUAAGCUGGUGUUCACGGAUGACCGCAGCGCCUACACGCCCGCCUCUUCCUCCCGGGGCCACGGGAGGCGCGGCGAAGCGGACCACCGCGUCAGGUUCGCAGACUCUCACUCCUUCAAGGUGAACAUGUACCGCAGCUACAGUGACCUCAGCUCCCCUGACCUCUUCCAGGACUUGAAGGAUCCCGAGGCCAAGGCCAGGACUCGCAGGACGCGGGAGGAGGUGUGGGAGGAGUCCUUCUCCCACACCUCGCAGGAGUACACCUCCGUCAGGGGCGUCGCUGACCUCACCUCCUCCUUCAGGUCAGACGAACCCGCCCUGCACCCGCUCCUGCUCAACGGACGCCCCAACCCUGCCGGGGACGUGGUGGACGCUGCCGCCAGGACACCCAAGGCGGGGGACAAGCCAGGCACCAAGUCCCCGGGCACAAAGCCAGGUGUGCCGCCCAAGCCAGGCGGCAAGGCGGGGAGGGAGGAGGGCAGGCCUGGCGUGAGGAAGGGCGAGGGUGAGGGGCGAAGAGACAAGGCGUCCAUUCCCCCCGGGUCACCUGGCGUGAGCCGGAACGUGCUGGAGCGCAUGGACCACCUGUUCGCCAGCGCCCUCACCGCCAGCGUGCCGGACAUGGACGUCACGCCCUCCCACGCCACCGUCAGCGUCUCAGAGCUCUACUCCUUCACCACCCUCGCCACCCCCAACACCACCUCCACCUCCACCUCCUCCCUGUACACCCACGCCCCCACGCCCCGCCCACACCCACCCCCACCCAGGAGCGCAGGGGAGGGGAAAGCACCCCCGCCAGUGUCUGGCUCCAGUGACAGUCUGUGUCUGACUCGCAUCACCUUCAUGGAGAUGUGUGUGUGGCCUGACAGUCCCCGACCACCGCAGGGGAAGAGGGAGGCGCGGAAGGGAGGAACAUGUCAGGACGGGAAGUGACACCUGCCAUUUGCUCCCUUCACUCCCUUGCUAACACUUUGCUCUAGUUUCUAUGUAAGAGGGAAACUGACCAAGGGCACCAAAAGAUUAAAAAGAUCCACUUAA